GUUUUUCCGAGCGGUCGGAGUCGGAGCCCACUGAUGCGCGUUUGAAAAUUUGGAUGACAAUCAAGAUAUUUCCAGUAUCCGCCACACAAUGAUGUCUUGAUGAUGGGAGCUUCUGGAAUAAAGAUUGGACAGCCUUGUCCAACCACCUUGGUACAUUUAGUUUGGCUGUUUUUUAUUGCAGGUACUAUUGUAUCAGCAAAUUGUCCCCCGAAUGAAUACCGACAUGGAAUUGAAUGUUGCCCUGAAUGUCCAUCUGGAAAGCGUGUGUCCGAGGACUGUAGAGAGUAUAAAAUGACGGCCUGUGAGCUGUGCAGUGAAGGUACUUUCCACAAUGGCUAUAAUAAGCGUAAAGAAUGUGAUCCCUGUACAGACUGUCCUCCAGGUCUAGGUUUGAAGGUUAAGAAGCCGUGUACAACCACAUCAGAUGCUCUGUGUGAGCUACUGGAUGGAUACUUCUGUAAGGAGACCAAGAGGGGUGGAUGUAUGGCAGCACAGAGACACAAGGAUUGCAGUCCUGGUCAAUACAUCAGACAAAGAGGAACGGCAUCUGAAGACACAGUGUGCAUCAAAUGCAUUGAUGGAACAUUCUCAGAUGGCAACUCAACUUCUUGUCUGCCUCACACAAGAUGUGGUGAGGGACAGCAGCAGAUAAAACCAGGAACACAAUCAACCGAUUCUGAAUGUGGAGAACCUUCAAAAGCAUUAUUAUGGCUCAGCUCAAUACCAAUCGUCUUAAUACCAGUGUUCAUUCUCAUGCUUUGUGUUUGUUACAAAAAAAAAAAAAAAAGCAUGGAAUGCAACUGCUCAACGAUUGAUGGAAAGGUUGAAACCUACUUUGAGAGAGGUCCCCAACAGAGAUGAACAACAGACUUCAGAAUGAAUGACCGUUUGAUCUUUUAACGUUUUCAGCAGGUAUGUCCAAAGUGUGUUGUAUUCUUCUCUUCAGUUGCCCAUUUC